AUUAAAUACUUUAAGGGAUCGACAAGCACUACAAAAUGCUGCGAACAGCUACGAUGGGACUCCUGUCAGCCGUGGCGGUAAAGGCGGCUCCAGAGGCGGCUCCCAAAGAGAAAGAUCCAAAGAAGAAGAACGACGAGGACUGCUCACUCGUGUGCCGCCCCAGCGAGCUGCCAAUCUACGGCAACCUGCGCAAGACACAGCCCAAGGAGCCGCGUGAGCAUAGAGAGUCGGCGCUGGAAAAGAAUCUGGAGACCGGAGUGCGUGCCGUUCGGGAGGAAGUGCAGGCUGGAUAUCGGGCGGUGGCGGACCAGGCCGGCAUCAUCGGCACAUACGUGGACACGGCCAAGGCCCAUACGCAGCACACCCUCGACAUCCUGAACGAGCCACAGAACUCGCUCCAUCGCAGCGGGGCCAUUGUGGUGGGCGGUCUGGCGGGUUUCAUCUUUGCCGCCCGCGGGGGCUUCGUCAAGAAGGUGAUCUACACUGGCAUUGGCUCCGGAGCGGUGGCCUCCAUGUGUUAUCCCCGCCAGGCGGAGGACAACUGCCGCGUGGUGCUGUACGAGGGGCGCAAGAUCUUCGCGGUUGCCUACAACUUCAUAAAGGGCGUGAAACCCGGCGAGGAGGUGCCCAUUGAGCCUAUCCAGAAGUUCCCCACCUCGCUGCAGGACCUCAAGUUCUUGGCCCUGGAUCUGAUCGAUGAGGCCAAGGAGGUGGUCCUUCCCAAGAAGAAGUAGACGCAGAGGCAAGGCCUUGGCUUUAAACGAACCUAAAAUCGAACCGGAAGUGUGACAUCGAUUCAGGCCAUCUCUUCCUGUGGCUUUCCGUCGCUUGAAUUCUUUCCGAUUUUGUGAUCAUCAAUAUAAUUCUUUACCUCUCUCUCUGCGGAGUACUCCCUCCAUGGAGUAGUAGCCACAAAUAAAUUCGCGUCGCGUCCCAAAAGUGAAA